UCACAGUCGCCUAUAGUAGGACAUGACGCUACAGCUUCCCCAGCAAGUGGCGAUACAGCACCUCCUUAUCAACUGCCUGGAAACCCGAGCGCAGACCAACCACCACUGCUUGAUGCCGAAGUUUCCCUUACUGAGCACUCCACCAAUAUGGCGCCGUGUAUCAAUAGCACUGACAAAUCUAAUAAUAGAACACCCGGGCCCAGACCUGCAUCGACUGAGCCUAUAUAUGAUAAGGCAUCGACAGUCGUGGGCGGCCCCGAUGCAGCUGUGAGGAGACAGACCACUGUGGGAGGUACGUCAGGAAGUCUGCCCCACAACGCCUCCAUCUCAGAUAUGACGAGCAUGGUAUCAGACUGGACCAUGGGCUAUUUCAAGCAUACUAAACAGGUAUGUAUGUACUAG